AUGGAUUACGACUACGUCCAGAACAAUGGCAUGACCUCGCUAAAUCCUCCCACUGGCAUGGACGCCAAGAUUGUCAUUGUCUUCUUCAGCGUGGCGCUGUUCAACGUGCUCGAGCUCCUCUUCAUAAUCUACACGACUUUCAAGCGGCGGACGGGACUGUACUUUUGGUCAUUCAUCGUUGCAACCGUCUGCAUCAUCCCAUACUCGGUCGGCUUCAUGCUAAAGUUCUUUGGCAAGUACCACGAUGCCGGCAUGGUCUGGGCGGCCAUAAUAUACUUUGGGUGGUGCGGCAUGGUGACAGGCCAGAGCCUCGUGCUGUGGUCGCGGCUGCACCUCGUCAUGUACGACCGGCGCCGGCAGCGCGCCGUGCUCAUCAUGAUAAUCGUCGACGCCAUCAUCUGCCACGGGGGCGUGUCGGUGCUCAUAUUCGGCGUCAACAGCAAGAGCCCCAAGUCCUUUGUGCAGCCGUACGCCAUCUUUGAGCGCGUGCAGCUCACCAUCUUCUCGAUCCAGGAGAUCACCAUCUCGAGCCUGUACAUCUACGAGACGGCCAUGCUGCUCCGGCGCGAGAAGAAGGACCAUCGGCAGAGCGGCUGCGACACCGUCAGCAACAGCAGCGGAGGAGUUGGAGGAGAAGGACGGCGCACCCUGGGACGGAUCGGCUAUGCCGAGUGGCGGCGCGUGCUGAAGCACCUGGUCUACAUCAGCAUCUUGAUCAUCCUGCUCGACAUGCCGCUGCUGGCGCUACAGUACGCAGACCUGUACGACCUGCAGACGAGCUACAAGGCCCUUCUGUACAGCGUCAAGCUCAAGCUCGAGUUCAGCAUACUGAAACGCUUGAUCGAGGUGACGACCGAGCACAACACCGUCGACGCCGGAUUCGAGUUUGGGUUCGAGAUGGGAGCCGGCGGCAGCCGCGGGGCACGAUCAUCGUCGCGGAACCUUCGGGGCAUGUCCCCGCCAAAGACGACGCCGGCAAAGUCGCCGAGGCAGGCGUACGAAGAGACGCUCGCACAGCUGAGGUCGGAAACGCCGCCACCGGUGCCUUCGGCCGUGGGGCUCGAGCGGUUGAAUUUGGAGCAGGAGCAGGGACCGGACCGAGGGCGGAGCAGCAACAUGAGGAUCAACGUGGCGGCCGGAAAUGUCGAUGGCGCCCGGAUGGUGAAGUUCCACGACGGACAAGUCGGAGGCCAGGACGAGGAGGAUCGAGGGUUUCCUUUGACGCCAUUCGAGGCGAUGGCUUUCAGGUUCGACGACGAAGUGGAGACGAGGCCGAGAAGGCUACAAAGGACCGAUAGUUCUGUCAGCGGCGAAAACAGCCAGAGCGAACAAAACGAACAAAGAGAAAGUCCGAGGAGCUUUGGGCAUCAAAGGCGGCUGAGGAGCGACGAGGGUGCUUACCUGAGGAAUCUGGACGAGGAAGCUAUCGAAUUGCCUGACAUGACAGAAGAGAGGUUGAGGCCGACGACGGAACCGUUGGAGGGUCCUGUAUUCACGAGAAGCCGAGAUCUGAUAUGA